UCAGUUGUUUUGCUUUUCCCGCACUAAUAUUCAAAGUGUGACGUGUAAUGUUUUGAUCAUGGAUUUAAAUUUUUUUAUUUCAUUGAAAUUAUUUUACCUUAUACUACAGACAUAUAUUUUUUCAUGUGUUGCUCAAAAGAUAAAUUCAAAAUUUGGUCUUUGUAAAGAUCAGUUUUGUUCAGCUCCAGUGGGACGUGGAAUUCUUUUGACGGACUAUGUGAGCCCACAAGAUUCAAAAUUUAAAGCUUUAAAAGCUGAAGAAGUUGAUAUCUACGUCAAAGAUUAUGGUGCAAAAAACUACCAAUGGGGGAUAAUGGUUAGAGGACACAAAGGAUAUAUUUUAAGAACUUUAAUUCAAGAGACACUGUCAUAUAGCAAAAACCUUGUACCAGCUGAAUUUGAUUUUUUGGAGAUUGACCAUCAUCAGCAUACUAUUUCUAGUCAAAUGGGUCCAUCAAUGUCUUGGGACAAUUCAGAGACUGGUUGGUCUGAGCAAAUGAAUGCUGAUCCAAAUACUGUCGCUCAUGAUCAUGAAGAUUAUUUUAGUAAUAGCUUUUAUUAUGAGCAGGAAAUGCAAUCUAUUCCUGGUAAUAUGUUUCACUCACCAAAUGUGGAUCUACACUUUCAGGAAAGCAGUUAUGGAGCACAAAACAUGAGGAGUGAAGGUCCAAACUUCCAUAUGAAUUCUGAGUAUUUUUCUGAUCAUAUUGAAUCUCAUAAACAAGUACAUGCAUCACAUUCUGUUGUUCCUGGAUCUAGUCAUGAACUUUACGACGCUGAGAACAUAUCCCCUUCUUCAACUAUUCAUCAUAGUGAUACAAUUGUGAAUUUUGGAAACACUAAGGUUGUGCAUCACCAUGUUGAAGAGAAAUCUAAUCUCAUACAGCCCAGUCAUUCAGAAUGGGAUCGUGCUCAGCACAGGCAGCACAGUCAACUGAGGCCCCAAUCAACUGCAUUCGCUUCACAGUCUCAAACAGUAUUUCAAUCUGGCAUUCCUGAGCCUAAUUUUGGAGGAGUGGGUUCUUACCAGCUGAAUUCCAGGAUGAAUAACAUAAUACAACCUAACAUUGAAAUGACAAAUUCAUAUCGACCUGAUUUAAAUUUUCCCGGUUCAAUGCCACCAAAUUCUCAUCCUCCCAAUUUUGCUUCAGAUGCAGUUGAUGUCAAUCAGUUGCCACGAGCUUCAAAUGUGCUUCCAACUUCUGUUCAGCAUGAUAUGCCAUUUCAAACGCAGAACAUUCAGGCAUCCCUUCCUAAUCCAAAUGAUCCUGAUACUGAAGAUUUGGAAAAUGAUGAGGAUAUGUCUAGAACACUAGCUUUACUUCAAAAGCAAGGAAUAAGUGAUGAAAAUAUUUUUGAUAAUCAGUAUUCUAGUCAAACUGUACAAUCAGAACAAAAUAUUGCUCAUACUAGUUAUUCUAUACAACCAGAUCCUAGUCAAUCUAAUUCCCUUGAACGUAACUUUGUAAAUACCGGAAAUGAGCCUAUUAUGGGUUCAGGAACCAAAAUGUAUCAGGAAUCUGGAUUUUCUCAACCAUCGGCAGAUUCUAAGACAGAUAUAAUGGGUUCAGGAACCAACAUGCAUCAGGAAUCUGCAUUUUCUCAACCAUCAGCAGAUUCCAAGAUAGAUAUAAUGAGUUCAAGAACUAACAUCCAUCAAGAAUCCGAGAUUCCUCAAAAGCCAUUGACUGAAUCCGAAAGAGAUAUUGUGGAUUUAAGAACCAAUAUGCUUCAAGAAUCCCAAAUACCUCAAAAACCAUUGAUGGAUGCUGAGAAAGAUACCAUCAGUUCAACAACCAGUAUGAAUCAAGAAUCCCAAGUGCCUCCAAAACCAUUGGUAGAUGCUGAAAGUGAGAUUUUUAGUCAGGAUAGUGUGAACGCUUUAGAAAGUGAUGAUGAAGACAUUGAGGAUGAUGAAAAUUUAGAGAUUGGUGAUGAACAAGAAGCUCAGGAUAAUGAUGAAAACCAGGAUUCUGAAAGGACUGAAGUUAUUUUCCCGGAAGAUCCCAUCCCAGACAAUAGUAUACCACCAGAAGAAAAUCCUUAUAGUGGAUUAAACAGUUUUCUUUCAGAUGAACAAAACUUACUUAAAGAAAAGCAUUCGGAGUUGGAAAAAUUGGAAGUGACCGAAAAUGGAUCGAUUGAAGAAACUGGUUCUCAUGAUGCAAAGUUGCAGCCAAAUAGUGAGCAAUCUACAUACAAAAAACCAGAGUCAAAUUAUAAUUCUGAAAUUGAUUCCGAAGGGAAAACUGACUCUUUAGUAGAUACAGCAAAAAAUUUGCCUUUCAGUGAAGAUUUAAAACCUGAAGUAUCUGAAAUCGCAGAUAGUAGAAAUAAUGUAGACUCAAAAGCUUACCCUGAUCUACAUGAAAAACUGACAGACCAUGAGCAGGAAAUUUUAACUGAUACAAUGAAUGAAACUUCAUCAAAAGAUGUUCAAACAGAAUCGGAACAUGUGUCCGAUACUACAAAUGCUUUCGUAAAACAAAACAUAUUUGAAACCAAGAAUGAUACUGCUCCAAGCUCCAUCAGUGAACAUAGUUCAGAUUUUGAAAACUUGCUAAGUAUACCGGAAUCGGAAGACAUUUCGAAUGAUGGUUCACAAAAUUUGUAUCAAAAACGUAAUCUUAAAGGAGAUAUUAAGAGUGAUACAGAUAUUGACCCAGAUGGUGAGGAAAAUUCGACAGACUCAGGAACUACUGAAAAUUAUACUUUCGAAAAUGGACUGGAAGCUUUAAGGUGUUUUGUAGAAAGUAUUUUAUUAUGGGUUCCUGAACCGUUUUAUUCUUUUCUGAUGGAUCUGGACCAAAAAGGAAUCCCACAUCGUGUUCCUGUUUUCACAGCUCUUAGUGCAGUGCCGUGCGUUCUACUCAUUAUAGCAAUUGUAUUUAUAAAGGAGAAGUCAAAAGAAAAUAAACUGUCUGCUCAACUCAUAGCUGUUGAAAAAAAUGCAUAUACUCUUUCUGCAGAGAAAAACAUUUUGGAAGAAAAACUUGAGGUUACCAACGCAGAGUUGAAAAAAUUAGAAACUGCUUUAAACGAUGAAAAAAAUACUGUUACUUCACUUUUUAAAGAAAUAGAAUGUUUGAAAGAAAAGAAUAAGGUAACUAGUAAUGAACUUCUAAACCGCUUAGAUGAACUGGAAAUGCUCAGGCAAAAGGAAAAUGAAUAUAUAGCUUUACUUGAAGAUUUUGAUAAAGAAAAGACUGAGCUUCAAGAAAAUAAAGAUACAAAUGAAAACAAGCUUCAGGAUUUAGAAGAUUCUAUAGCCAGGUUGAAUGAUAUCUUGCAAGAAAAUGAAAGUGAAAUAAAUGAAUUGAAAAAAGAGAGAUUAGAAUUUUUGCAAUACAAAGAAGAUAGAGAAGAAAAAUUGACACAAUUGCAACAGAAUUGUAACCAACUUUUGAAAGAAGCUGAGGUUUGGAAUUUAAGAGUUUCAGAAUUGAAUGAGAAGUUGACACAAGAAUCAGUUUUAAAUAAAGAGCUGGAAGCAAAUUUAGCUACAAGUCAUGAAGAAAUUGAGUCUUUAAAAAACUUGGUGGAAACUUUCCAGUCAUUUGACAACAUGGAAAAUUCUGAAAUUGAGACUCAAAAUUCUAAAGAAGAAAAAUUGCAGUAUCUUUUAAAUUCAUCAACGGUUUUAAUAAAACUGCAGAAACAACAAGAAGAAAACACACUGUUGAUUGAAAAGUUAGAAACUGAAAAAAAGCAAAUCUUAGAUAUGGAAGUUGAAAUGUUGGAUGCAAAAUCAGAGAUUGACAAACUUAAAUUGAGUUACAAUCAAGCACUUCAAGAUAAAGCUGAAGCACAGACAAAAUUAGAAGUAUUAACAAAUUAUUUUAAAGAUAAAGAAAUUCAGUUACAAAAACAGUUAGGUGCUCAAGAAGCAGUCAGACAGAAAAAGGAAGAAGAUGCUAGUUCUGCAGAAAGACGAAUUACUUUAAUUGAGCAAGAAAAUGCUAGCUACAAGUAUCAAGUAGCCAGCAUGAAGCAAGAAAUGGAAGAAACUGAAAGAAAUUUAAAAACACAGAUUGCUGCACAAGAAAAGAAAGCACAUGAAAAUUGGAUUGCAGCCAGAGCAGCUGAGAGGAAAUUAGAAGAUGUGAAGCAAGAAGUAACUCAGUUGCGUCAAAGGUUGACAAUUCUUGAAAGGGAACAAGAAAACUGGGCAAAUGCACCUCAGGAUGAUAUUUUAAGACCAGUGCCUAAAAGAAUUCCUCCUAUGAAUGACAACUCUGGUCCACAAGAUAUAAAUAAUUCCUCCAUGGAUAUGAGGCCCCCUUGGCCACCACUGCCACUAGAUCGUAUUCCUCCACCACCUAUGAUGUUGCCAGCAGAUCGCCCAUUACCUCCUUUGCCUCCACCACCAAUGCAUCCUUUUCUUCCACUAGAGCCACAUUUUCGACCUCCUCCAUGGCACUUGCCUCCAGAAUCGAGUCACGGUUCAGAUUUCAGAGUCACGCCUCCAGAAUUUCUCAGGGCAAGAGAAUCCACUCCUCCUCGAGGCAGACAGUCAAAUUACAUUGAAGGGGAAGCAGCACCUAAUUCUUCUCCUUUGGGAACAGACACCACAAGAGACUCCAGAAAUUCGACACCCCCUCAUUCUUUACCAGAUUUUCAUGACAUCCCGCCUCAGCCACCUAGACCUUAUUUUCCGCAUCCAGGGCCCAUUUCAAGGUUUCCUCCACCAUUCAGGAGGGACUUAGGGCCGAAAAGAAUAGAUAAUCAAGAUGAUUUCAGCUCGGUGUCUCAAGGAUCACAGCAACCUCCAGAACACUGGCAACAUUCGAAUACAAGAGUUUAAAUUAACUGCCCUGUGAUCUUGUAGCUAUUAGUAAUUUUAUUUUCAUGUUGACUGAAGGAUUUUAUUGUAUAGGUUGAAAUUUUAUUAAAUAGUUCUUAUGAUUUUAAGAGUAUGAGAUGGAGUACUUAAAAACAAAUUCAUUCAUAUUUAAGGACUGAAUGGUGUGAUUAUCAACAAAAUCAUCACAUAAAGAUCUAUGCAAAAAAAAAAUUGUAUAUUAGUAAUAAAUUUCUUCUUUUU